CCGGGCGAGAGGCAGCCCGUCCCUCCUCUGAAGUUGGCUCCAGCCUUAGCAGCCGCAUUGGAUCCCACGGCCUACUGCGAGACUCCGGUCUACAACCCGGAUCUCUGCCCCAACAUGAUCGCGGCCCAGGCGAAGCUGGUGUACCACCUGAACAAGUACUACAACGAGAAGUGCCAGGCCAGGAAAGCGGCCAUCGCGAAAACCAUCCGGGAGGUGUGCAAGGUGGUGUCGGACGUGCUGAAGGAGGUGGAGGUGCAGGAGCCGCGCUUCAUCAGCUCCCUCAACGAGAUGGACAACCGCUACGAGGGCCUGGAGGUCAUCUCGCCCACCGAGUUCGAGGUGGUCCUUUAUCUGAACCAGAUGGGCGUCUUCAACUUCGUCGACGACGGCUCUCUGCCGGGCUGCGCGGUGCUCAAGCUGAGCGACGGGCGCAAGCGGAGCAUGUCCCUCUGGGUGGAGUUCAUCACCGCCUCGGGCUACCUGUCGGCGCGCAAGAUCCGCUCGCGCUUCCAGACGCUGGUGGCGCAGGCCGUGGACAAGUGCAGCUACCGGGACGUGGUGAAAAUGGUGGCCGACACCAGCGAGGUGAAGCUGCGCAUCCGGGACCGGUACGUGGUGCAGAUCACGCCGGCCUUCAAGUGCACCGGCAUCUGGCCCCGCAGCGCGGCCCACUGGCCCCUGCCCCACAUCCCCUGGCCGGGCCCCAACCGCGUGGCCGAGGUCAAGGCCGAGGGCUUCAACCUCCUCUCCAAGGAGUGCCACUCGCUGGCCGGCAAGCAGAGCUCGGCCGAGAGCGACGCCUGGGUGCUGCAGUUCGCCGAGGCCGAGAACAGGCUGCAGAUGGGCGGCUGCCGCAAGAAAUGCCUCUCCGUCCUCAAGACGCUGCGCGACCGCCACCUCGAGCUGCCCGGCCAGCCCCUCAACAACUACCACAUGAAGACGCUGGUCUCCUACGAGUGCGAGAAGCACCCCCGCGAGUCCGACUGGGACGAGUCCUGCCUGGGCGACCGCCUCAACGGCAUCUUGCUGCAGCUCAUCUCCUGCCUCCAGUGCAGGCGAUGCCCGCACUACUUCUUGCCCAAUCUAGACCUCUUCCAGGGCAAGCCCCACUCCGCCCUCGAGAACGCGGCCAAACAGACGUGGCGGCUGGCUAGGGAAAUACUCACCAACCCCAAAAGUUUGGAAAAACUUUAGAGGGCAACGA